AUGUCCGUCGACGAAGAGCGUUUAUUGCUCGGAGCCGACGCCGGACCGAGCGCAUCGAACGAAGAGACGGCGUCAAGAGGUCGCGAGCGACGAUUUCCAUCACCCAGGGUGUUAGGCGCGGCGUGCGCCGCGGCGGCGCUCGCGCUCGUCGUCGUCGUCUCCUCGCGCUCGCGCUUCGGUGAACACGCGACGACGAGCGCGAUUUCAUCGCUCGGUGCGUCGGGAGGGUGGUUAUCGACGACGAAGAGGGAUGAAGACCGACGCGUAGAAUCUCGCCUGGGUGUUGAACGGCGAGACGGACCGCGCGACGUCGCGUCGUGGUUGGGCGAACCGGAACCCGUGUACGAGCUAGAGCGGGCGUACACGCGAGAUGGAUCGACGACGUCGUCGUGGACGCUCGUGAUCGGAGACGAGAGCGAACUUUGGAAGAUUCCGGUGUGCAAGCGCGGUGGCGGGUAUCGGGUGGGUAACGCGGUGAAGCGCGUCGGACGCGGCUGGGUGGAGGCGCGUAUCCGCGUGCUUAGCGAGCCGGAAUCGUACAAGACGACGCUGUUGUACGAUUUUUUGAUGUCGAGGGUCGAGGGGACGAAAGCGUUCGCGGCGGCGGUGGUGGCGCGUGAACGCGAACGCGGGACGCUCUCGCGGAGCGCCAUGGGCGCGGCGCUCCAGCGAAGUGUUGUGAUGCCGAUGCGUCUGUCGGACAAGGCAAGAUUCGUGGAAUCAAAUGAGCGCACGAUUAUUGAUUCUGCGCUAGAUUACCGACGAGCAAAGUGCCCGCAGACGUGCGAAAAGUUCGUCAUCGCUGUGUCGCUCGUAUGGGGCGGGGACGAAGUCGGCCCAGGUGGGGAGUUUGCGUACGACGUUCACGAGUACAAGGAGUCGAUUCGCGUCUUACAAUCGAUGCUUACGUACGCCAAGGAAAAGUUCCCUGCGGAUUUUGAGCUCAAUUUUGCGGUGACGUCGGACGCGGACGACGCGCUCACGCUCCUUGCGUAUGCGCCGAAUCUGAUGUCCAACCCGCUCGACUCGGCGAGCACCAUCAUCGAGCUCGCGCAAGGCGUCAACGCCCUGAUCAACACCGAGCACGGCGUCGAAAAUUUAUUGCAGUAUCACGACGAGGUAUUGGCGAAGAGACAAACGGAUGCGAGCGCGAUCAACGCCGAGCUUGGGUUGCUCGCUCGGAUCCGCAACGUCGUCGAGCGCGCGCGCGGCGUCUUCGCCACCGACGACUCCAAGGUCUUCGUCGCGAACUGGCUCCAAGUCGCGUGCAAGAGGUUAAAGUUGAAUCCCGAGGAGGUGCCGAACGAGGUUCUGACCCACAGACUCUCCCAAGACGUCCUGAUUGACGCUUUGUGGAGCGAAAGAGACGUCCACAGACGAGGCGUCCGCGUCGACGGACGCGUCUCCACCGAAGCCCACCGUCCCGAUAGAGUCACUCGAACGGUGCGAAGGUUCGUUUUGGAUCACGAUCAAGACGAUCGCGACGACGCGCGUGCCGACGACGGCGCGUGA